UUGACUGUUGAAACAAUCACGUGCCGCGAAAAAUAAAAGAAAGGCCGUUUUUUUAUUUCUUAACUUUUCUUUCCUUCCGCAGCAAAAUGUCAGAAAUCAGUUCACCACACCAAAAGACAUCCAAAGAAGGAGCUGAUGUCCGCGAAAUAAGGCACAAUGAACGCAGAAACACUAGGCCAACAAGCAAUGCAGAUAACAGAGUGGUUAUAGUUAUUGAUGACACGCCACCUGGUUCACCCAUUCACGAAAGUAGUCAAGCAAAGGAAGAUCGUGGCACUCGAACUAAGGAGAUACAAUUGACGACUAACAUAGGAAAAGGUAAGAGUAAUACAAGUGACUAUAAGAACUCAGAUAAAGCAUCAAGAAAAGUGACGGUCUCUGCAGAGGAUAAAGCCACGAAAAAGCAAAGUAAUAACGAUGACAAAGCCAUCAAACCCAGACAGUCAAUAUCUCCUGUCGCUCGCCAGAUUGGUGCCCAUGGAUGCAAUACUUCACCACCGCGUAACCAUAAUACGGAUACAAGAGUGGAUUAUAGAGCUGAUAAUAGGGAUCGUUUUUCUUGCCGAAGUCCUUCCCUGCGCCGUUAUCGUUCACGGUCCCCUUCAGCACUCUAUCGUCGAUCACCUUCGCCCUAUAACAUGAAUAGGUUAGCAUCAUCUUCCUAUAUUCCCGAUUAUUCUCUUUAUUACCGUUAUCAAGAUAGGUCACCUCCACCGAAUUAUUAUCACUCAAGUCGAUCAAUUUCGCCAAUCUACCGUCGCAGUAGCAGAUCGUCUUCACCUCUCUAUUACCAACAGCAAAACGACGCAGCGUUUUAUUAUCGGUAUGAUCGAUCUCCUCCAUCCCGGUAUAGAAGCCGAUCACCAUCUAUACCAUACCGUAGGCCAAGGUCCAGUGACUCCCCUCCAUCUGGAUAUACACGACCACGAUUACCAUCACCUUUUUAUACACACCGUUUACCAUCUCCCACACACCAUGGUUGCUCAACUUCUCCAACUUACCGUGGUCGUUCACGCUCUCCCCUACGCCGUGGUCGUUCACGCUCUCCCCCACGCCGUGGUCGUUCACGCUCUCCCCUACGCCGUGGUCGUUCGCGUUCUCCCCUACGCCGUGAUCAUUUACCUUCACCAAGACGUAGUAAUCGUUUAUCUUCACCAAGACGUCUUAGUCGUUCACCUCCAAGACGCAGUCGUAGCCGAUCGAAGCAAGAACGUAAACCCAAGUUAUCGGAAAAACAAGACCAACAGAGAAGUGCAACCAAACAUACUACUAAGAAACAUAUUGGUGAAGCCAGUAUUAUUCUAGUAUCAGAUUCGCCACCUACGACGCCAGUAUCCAACCAAAAACCCAGUAUUCCAGCGCCCCAAGCAGAAUCCAGUAUGCCACCACCCAGGAUGCCUGCAUCUAACACAGAGCCCGUCAUGCCAACGCCUCAACCAGAAUCCAAUCGUUCAUCAUCAGCCAUGCGCCACUCAGCCUACGACCGCUUCACUCCUAAUUACAUAUCUAUUAUUAAAUCGAUGGACGCUUUACCGAUAAAGGUUAUGGAAAACUUUGGACAUAUGAAUAAGACAUUGCCAGCCGGUCAGGACACAAUUCAUUUCGAAGCUAAAGAAGGUGGACAAACAGGUAUGACUGAUAACACUCUAAUUGAAACAGACAGGGAUGAUAAUGUCAUCGGUAAAGACAUGUCAGCUAUGAGAGAAAAUACACCAGAAGCUGUAGAGUUGCCUACGCCAAUAGCGACAGAGUCGUCUAAACCCGUACUUACAAAAACCACCAAUCCAGCAGUCGCAGAUGAAAUUCUGCCAGUCGUAUUGUAUACACCUAAACCAGUGGUAAGUAUGUUUAGUUACUUACAGAAUCAUACUGACAGUAGAAAUAAGGGAUAUGGAAAUGAACCAUCACUUAAAAAUAACGAAAUCAACAGCGGCAGCGGCAAAGUGCCAAUAGCGUCAGCUUCAGUGCAAUCUGUAGAAAAAGAUUCUGCUAGCGAUAGUUUGGGUGGUACCAGGAGGAAGGUGGCAAGACUGUUACCACCAUGGAAAGUGAAGAUGUCGGAUGAGGGAGAUAUAUAUUAUUAUAACCCUAUUACAGGCGCAACUAGUGAAACGAGACCCGCAUAAACAUAUAAUCAAUGUAAUAAUAAACGUCAUUUUCAUAAUUUUUAAUACAGAAAAUAGCGCAUGAUCUAUUCCUAGAAAUAAAAAGACACAAGGUCUCUCAUAUUCUCGACGUCUCGCACAAAUGGCGCACUCUCAUCUUCUUCCUUAUGCAGGGGAAUUAGGGAACGUUUGUCAAUUACAUUGAUUGGUAUGCUGAUAGUCAACAAUCAAAUGACUACCGAUCUUUAGUAUAUA